CACCGCUAUCGUUGGUGGACACCUACGAUACACUACCGCACAAUGGCACUGCUGAAGCUUACCCCUCUUUCGACUCUCCUUUUCCCCUCCUCUCCCUCGCUUAAUUCCGCCUCCAUCGAAUCCCAUCUUGCGGACCUUGGUGUUGUCGCGCCGCAAUGGCGAUACACGAUGUACAGCCAGUCCCACUUUCAUUCGACCACACACGAGCUGCUCGUCAUAUCUUCCGGACGCGCACGGCUGCUUUUCGGCGGCGAUGGCAACCCUGAAGGCGUGCAACUGGAGGUGCAGAAGGGGGAUGCAAUGCUUCUCCCUGCGGGCGUCGCGCAUCGACUGCUGCAGGACCUGAGCGGCCCUGGCGGCGCGUUUGAGAUGGUCGGGUCUUACCCUGCUGGGGCUGAGCAGUGGGAUAUGUGCUAUGGAGAUGGCCGCGCGGACGAGGACCAUGCGGCUAUUGAGCGCAGAAUCAAGAGCUUGAACUGGUUCACACGCGACCCGCUCUAUGGAGAGACAGGCCCGGCCUUGCAGAUCUGAUGAUGUAGAGCUGGGAACGAAGAGCCUUGAUGGAAGAACACAUUAAAACAAUCUAUCAUUAUCACGAAUGUUAGCUAUACGAGAGACGGGAUUUGUUUUCAUCGAA